UGCUGUCUAGUCGAUGGCGUUCUGCUUUUGAAAAUAUAUUGCUCGCUACGUCGCGCUGUCGCGCACUGCCGCGGCACUGUACCAGUGGUGCCGUGCUUGCAGCCGCAGCGAUGGAUUGCACAGCCGCGCAGCGGCCACCGUAUUGUGGAGAGUAUUGUGGAGCAGUGUUUGGCCAAUUUGGGUGCAGUGUGACUUCGUACUGCGAGCUUAAGCUCUCGAGGCCGUAAUGCUAGUGUCUUACUACGCUAGAGGAUUAUAGAAAGUGGAAUCACGCGCAGAUGCGCGUAAAUUGGCUCAUCUGUGCAACACAGGCCGCCGCAUUCGUGCGGACUCAACGACGGCCAGCGACUCACAGCACCAUGGCAGCCGCCGUCGCGUCGAACGACUGGAAAAUGAGCUGUGUGAGAUGCGGAGAAUUAAUGUGCCAGAAGGACACCUACGCGAAGAGUUGCAAAGCCACAGUCCUGCGAUGCGAGAAGGUCCAACCCCCACCCUCCAAAAAAAAAUCCAAAUCGAAACCCAAGGACGCGUACGACGUCGUCCUGAGCGACACGGUGCUGUUCCCGGAGGGCGGCGGCCAGCCCUUCGACCUCGGCGUCAUUGGAGACGCCGCGGUCACGCAAGUGACGAACGACGACGGCGUCGCCGUGCACCGUGUAUCAAAGCCAGUCGCCGUCGGCGACGAAGUAGACGUCGCACUCGACUGGGAGAGGAGGUGGGCCCACGCCACGCAGCACACGGCGCAGCACGUCGCGUCGGCCGUCUGCGAGGACUGGCUCGGCGCGCCUACUUUAUCCUGGCACCUGGGCGAGACCGACGCGACCGUGGAAUUGGGCAGCCCCUUCACCCCAGCUCACGUCCCGGAGCUCGAGGACCGCGUCAAUGCCCUGAUCAGAGACGAUAUACAAGUAGAGACGGAGUGGCAUUCGGCGAGCGACGUCAAGGACUGUAAAGUGCCGGGCCUGCGCGCGUCGUCUUGUUCAUUACCAGCGAGCGUGACGGGGCCCGUGCGCCUCGUUCGCAUUUCAAAUGAUGUCGACGUGAACCCCUGCUGCGGCACGCACGUGAGGAAUCUGGCCCACCUCCAGGCGUUUAAAGUAAUACGGACGGAGGCGAAGCGCGGCGGAAACACGCUAGUCUACUUCGUGGCGGGCCCGCGCCUGCUCGAGCGACUCGGCGCGUGUAUUGAAAGAGAGCGGCAGUGCGUCGAGACGCUGUGCACCGCCGCCGAGACCGUGCCCGAUCGCGUGCGGGACGUCGUGGACAAGUCCAAGGAGGCCUUGCAGCGGGAAAAGCGGCUCCAGAAGGAGGUCGUGGACUUGCUGGCGGACAAGCUCGCGUCAAUGCCCGGGCGCGUCGUCGCCGCGCCGAAGCGGGAUUCUACAAGGGACAUGGGCGAGAUCGGGAAGAUCCUCGCGGGCGCCUUUGACCAAAGGCGGCCGGACGCCGUCCUCGUGCAGACGUUCGGUUCAAAAAAUGACGGGGCGUUCUUGAUCUCGUCGGCGACGCCGGCGCUCGUCGAGGCGGCCAAGGGGUCUAUUUUAUCAGCGCUAGAAGGCCGAGGCGGCGGCAAGGGCGGCCGGGCGCAAGGGAAGUGCGCGGCCGUGAACAACGUGGCGGCGGCCGUCGCGGACGCGGCGAAGGCGCUCGAGGGCCUCGCGCUGGGCGCGGGGGAGUAAUUUUCCUGGAAAUCUACGACGCCACAUCAAUCGCGGACGCCCAGAAGGCGAUCGACGCGGGGUAGUAAAUAUACUGAGGAAAU